AUCAAGAUGGCUUACGGCACCAACGAGUAUUCCGCGCUCAAGCGGGAGUGCCGUUUCUACAGCCAUGCGCUGCGGAGUCUCGGUGGCAUUGCAGUGCCGCGAUGCCACGGACUCUUCAGCACAGAGGAAGACGGCGAGCUGGUCGGCCGUCUGGUGCUAGACCUGUGCCCUCCUUUACGUUCUUGUACUCUUACAUCUUAUGAAUUGUCCGUCGAUAGUCGUCGGAUCAUAGUUGCAAUUUGCAAGCUGCACUCCGUCGGGGUCGCACACCGGAAUUUGGAUGACUAUCAUCGCUUCGUUAUGCAGGGCCAGUCCGUGCUCAUAGUCGACUUCUCGCAAGCCAGAAUACAUAAUUGUUCGGGUGGCACGCCCUUUGUGAAGGGC